UUUGCACGUCUGCUUUUUCGGCUGCAAAUUUGGAAGCAAAACUCAGCUGUUUGAGGGAGAAAAGAGACGGGAAUUCAAACAAUUCUGAAUGACAAGAGAUGUGCUCAUUUGGUUCAUAUGAAAGACAAAUCCCUUCUUCUUUGCAACAGCGAUCCCAGUCUUCAUUGCCAAGUCUUUAUAAAAGCACAUUCAAGUCGUAGAAUCUGGAUUGGGCCCACUUCUUGAUGAGUCGUUCUCAUAACUGAAGAUGUCUCGCGUGGCCACAACACAGUCAUCUUUGUCUAGCAUCCCAACGGAUCUAUUAUUGUGGUGGGAAGAGGAUUUUUAUUCUGGUAAAUUUAUAUGUCUCCCUGAGAGCAGAGAAACCUUUCAGCAUCUACACAUAAGCGAUGAGCAGGUUAGCUUCUCUACUAUCGGCUCAAAUGAUCCUAUUGGAGGAAUUAAUUUAUCCAAGAAGGUUCCGCUCUUAGUGAACUUAUGCAUUGAUAGGAUACUCGGACUGCCCAAUGACGUGGGAGGGUUUGAACAGGUACCUCCUGGGCUCAUUCCUCGUUUGGAAAGUCAGAGAAAAAGGAAACGCCUUGAGCGCCUAAGACUUGAAUGGCUUCUGAAAGAGCUACUCCAUCAGGAGGCUAGCCUUGCCUCCAGGCUUCAUGUUCAAUCAAAAGUACCACAAGUGACUCAGGCAACCACAAAUGUAUUCCCUCGAAACUGCCGUUCAGCAUGGGAAACAGAUGUCAAGGCACAUGAUAAUUUCAACGAUGGCGAGAUGUUUCAAGACUAUGAUGGGAUGAGCUGGUGCUUCCUCCCAGUAGCUGUCGAAGGAAGGGACACGAGCAACUGGCCAAUCGCUGCUUUAGCUCAUACAGUUGAGCUAAUGCUUCCACAUAGAUUCUUGAUCCAAGAGGAUAGGGUACUACCUGGAGGUGUUAAAACAGUGGAGGAUGUGUUGAACAGAGAACUGAUAGCAGCUGUGGCUCGAGUUAGAUCUGCUCUUGUCAAAAUCUGCCCAAAGCUUGUCUACUUCUGCCUGGAUCCCGCCUUAGCAUACGUAUGGUGGGGAAGAGGGGAUGUUAAUAAAGCUGAGGGGAUGUUUCUAAGGAUUAUUGACCGGAUUCCGAAUGACCUGUUUACUCAAUCUGAUAUCAUGGUUGGACAAGAUAUGGCUGGAGAUGUUUCCCUAUGGACCCGCCAGAAAGCAUUGUACCUGAAUGAAAUCGGACGUAUGCAUUCGUACUUCAACCAACCACAGGAAGCUGCAAAUUUUUACAAAGGAGCAGUGGAUUUGAUCUCAGGCUUCUGCCAAGAAAUAUUUCCUGAUUGCACAAUGCAGAGCUUGGUGCUCCAAGCCAACGCAUUCGAUCAAGGAUUGAUGGAUACCUUAAAAGCUACCCGAGCAGCAGGUUUGUGGGAUAGAGUUACUUCAGAGCCGGGGUGUAACCCCAAUUUAGUCCAAAUGGCUGCGGAAUCAUUCCUGCACUGCCAUGCAGGUUACCCGUUGUAUAAUUCAACAACAGAAGAAGAAGACCAAAAUACCGCGUGGUUGCUGGAAGCUAGGCUUCGGUUACAAGUUCUGGCCACUUCAGUCCCUAAGGUGAGCCUCCAUCUCUCGCUGAUCCUUGCGAUACUUGGUGAUGACAAUGCAGCAGAAGAUGCGUACAUGACGUAUGUCCAGGAGUAUGCAUCUCAUCACCCAGCAUUUCAGCAGCAGAUACCAGGAGCUGUGUCUAUGUUUAUUGGUGCAGAGAUGAAGAAUCAUCCUUGGUGGGUAUUUUCUAACUGGGCAGGUAAGAGAUCUGGGAGAAUGACAGCAAACAAACAUCUCACUGUGCUACCUUUACAUUGGAGGAGGGUGUUGAGGCAUUGUAGUUGUGAUAUGGAGACAUUUGAUGGAAACCAAUUCAACAGCAGCUGGGAAGCCUCAUGUCGCGUAGCGGAGGUGCAAAGUAUCUUGCCCUACCUUCGUCUUACCCCAGACGGACGAUUGAUUGGAUCCUUCUCUGAAAAUCUACCCCCACUGAUCUCAGUAUCUCUAGAUCCUUUUACAGGGGCGUUGUACCUGCCUGAACAGUUUCAAGAGGCAGACACAGUAUUAACUUACGGUGACAUCCAAGAUAUCGGUGGAAGAAGUGAUUCCAGGAAAGACCGUUUUAGUUUUGAAACCUUUAUUCCAACGCCCAUUUUGACAUUUGAUGACUCCAAAGAUGGGAGAUCAGUCUCUCUGCUGACAUGGCAAAACAGACACACCACAGUUAAUGAUGAUGGCCUUCCGGUUGUUGCCGAAACACAAAGCUCUACAGCGAAGCUUGUGUAUUCUGGUUGUGACGGUCUUUGUGAAAUCAAUUUAGCCGAGGUGGUUUUGAAGGCCAAGAAGGAAGUCAUUCUGCAGCUUCUAAGAAAUGAGGGAAACGAUCAGAAUCAAGAAAGGAUGAAAGAUGCUUCAGAUUUUCUUGAUUUAUGUAUCUCUAAGACAAAGAACAUGCAGUACAGCUUCUUCAAAUCUGCAGAAUCCAACGAGAGGAAUCCCCUUCAAGAUGUGAAAGUCAAACUGAGUAGCAUGACUAAGAACCAGCUUAAUGAUUUGCUUGAGCCAGAAGUCUUUAAUCUCAAGAGGGUCGUUUUGGUUGGACAGUCGACAGCUGUUUUAGCCUUUUCGACAGGCUUGUGUCAACAGUCCCGUUCUCAGUCCAUCGAUGCAUUAGUUUUCUUGGACUGCUCCAAUAUGGGAUCGUUUCAGAAUCCAGUUGUUCAGUACCCGCAAAGGCCUGAUACAGUCUGGAAGAUACCAGUUAAAGAAGGAUUCAAAAGUAACGAUGGAAAUAUCUUGAUUGUUUCAGAGGUUUCCAUUUAUGAUCACGACAAAGACAGGGUCUAUGUCUUCGAUAAUAAAGGAGAAAUUGUACACAUCUAUGAUGAACUAAAGAUUAGUCAAGUAUCAAAUGUCUGUGUUAAAACGAAUGCGGGAAAUGAUGACAUGAUGGUGGGUACCAACCGUAGCAGAUCAAAGCUCAUAUUGACGGACACCAAAGGAACUGUGCACCACCAAACCAAACCGAUUGGCGCGCUUGGAAUCGUUGAACAUUUUAUCGCUGUUUUCGACAUGAUUUUUGUCUCUCUCAGGGACCGGAUUCUUGUUUUUGAUUCGAGUACACUUGAGCCUGUCCAAAUUGUACAAGACGCUGCUCUUACCGAUGAGGCUGGUUCCCAGCGUCAUGUAGAGCGGGGAGUUGGUGUUCUCUUGACUGGGGAGAGGAGCUUCAUGAAAGUCCUGUACAAGUACGAGGUUGCUUCGACAUCCUCCCCCACCUCAGCCCCCUCCUCCACAGCCUCCUCUACCCGCUCCUCCGAACCCUCCUCAUCCUCCACUACAGAUGCUUACUUCAGGGUAAUACUUGGAGUUGCCAACCAUGUGUUUGUUCUUCAACGGGCUAAGCAGUCCCCGAAGGCUCCUGAUGAGGAAUGCCCCAUAAGCACUCCACCCGGACCAGUAACACUUGUAACUGAAGUACUUGUGCCUGGUGUCCCCACAGAGGCGUGCUUCAUCAAUCGGAUGGCAGGUUUUAUUGUUACAGCCUCGAUAUUUGAAAGCUCUAAACUACCACUGUAUCGAGAAAACCUGUACUGGUUUGACCUAAAUGGACACAUCCGAGGCAUUCAUCCUUUUAUUGGGCAGGGGCCACAUGGCUUUUACGCUGUACAUCUCAAUGAACCAAACAACAUGGAUGCAGGAAGAGUUGAGCAAGUAUCUGUAGGAAAAGGAUCCGAUGGGGAUCGGGGAGUAUGGUACCUGUACUUCACAGAUGGCCUGAGUGGGAUAUGCUGCAUAAAACUUCACGAAAGUUUGUACUAACUAAUAAGCGUGUACUGUGUG